AUGUUCGACUGCAAAUCAUUGGAUUAUGGUGCUAUAUCGAGUUUCGUUUACAUGCGAAACAUUUCAAGGGAUGGAGGACAGUCGUUUGGUCUGCCUUUAGAAAUGGAUCGAGCAACUAUCACAUUGGGCAUAGAAGUGCGUCAAUUCUACGAACCAUUAGUGUACGAUUUGUCGAAAAUUGCACGAGAACGUAUACAAAGGAUGCUAAUCUUCGAUACAAAAUCAGGCAGCGCCAUUCAGGAACAACGACAUCAAGUAACACGGUAUUUGCGUUUACUUUUAGGUAACGCAAAAGACAUGAGCGGAAAAAUAUUAUACGAAAGUGUUUCGAUGAUAUUCUGCGUCUUACCGCAUCUAAUGGAUACUCUGAGGCAAUUCGGCUGGCACAGUGUCUGGGACAGAAACGUUGUUGGAUACGAAGUUUAUCAUGGUGUGCUGGAAUGGAAUUGGCUACUUAUGCUGGUGUUAAAAGAAGCGAAGGAAUGUGCAACAAAUAUCGAAAUGAGUAACGAAUUUUUCGAUAAGAAGCCAAUGAAAACAUUUGGUACAAUUUACCGUGACCUAAUGGUCGAUUUGUUGGACUUAGCAUAUCAACAGUAUUGCAUACACGUUAUCGAUAACAUAACAAACAAGUCUUCGUAUUCGUGUUAUUGUGUGAAACAUAUGUGGCUUGGCCUGAUGAUCCUAGCUGACACAGAAAAACUUGAUUUCUGGAAAUGCUUAAAUGAAUGUAUGCCGGCGUCCUUGAAGGAUAAACAUGAUGCUUACAUGUUUAAGAUAUGGCAUAUAAAUACGCUGGCAAGACUUUACGACGAAAAGAUGAAAUUGGCCGAAGAAGCACCUCUAUUGACACUGCCAAAUAAUUACACCGUAAUCGACGAUAUCGUGAAAGACUUUCUAAAGUCAGACAUCACAGAAUUUAAGGCGAGGGUUUUCUUGACACUGUUGAAGCCAAUAGUUACAGUGUUCUGGCCGGCACGUAUCGAAACUGUGAUCGCUCUCUGGAACUACUACAGCUCUCGGAUUAACUCAGCCUUCCGAACAAACCGGAACUCUUUUGAAACUAUAGGUUGUGUUAGUUCAACCGUGGAAGGAUUCAUUAAUCAAGCCGCCUCUCUUGCCGCACCGGAAUCGAUACACGGUCAUUUUGAUCUCGAGCAGAAUAGCUUCCAGAUGUUUCUCAGACUGCUGAGCUGGAUAAUACAUCAUUACACGGCACAGGCUCACAAGAAAAAGGUGCAAAUUAUUUUCAACCGCAUCUUCGUAAAAAUGGGACCGAAUAAAUAUGAAAAGCUGACAGAGCGAGGGGUAUACAACUUAGGAUUGAUGCUGCUUACUAUGAUGAGUGCUACAAGUUUCGACAAUGACUAUUCCAGAGUAUCGGGAUUUAUGCAACUGGUGCCUUUAACAUACGAAGAAAUGAAGUUACCAAUAGAUCAUACCAUCAUGCGUAUCACAGUUGCCUCCCGAGCGAAUAUGGCAAUCUUGGUGUUGUUAAGCAGUUCAAGCUUUGAUAAAACAAAACACAUUGUUACUUUUCUAGACAGUAUUGAUGUUGCGUAUCGCAAGUAUGGCGAUCGUUUGCAGCCGGCAUUGGAAAUUAUAGCGGAAGGAAUGUGUUUGAUCUACAAGAAAGCUGUCCUACAAAAGUCUUUUAAUCGUGGCGAAAAAAGCUUACUGCGCUCAUGGGUGCAGAAAUAUCUACGACACUGUUCUACCAACCGGUGGCAAAUGCUCUUAGACGUUUUAGCGGAUACAUUAAAAGCGUUCAACGGCUCGACGCUAAGUGAAGAGUGUUACAAUGCGCUGAACCAACACGUCAUGCCGUUUGUAAAUGAAAGAUAUUUCAAUAAGGUCGCCGCACCGCCCUGCAUACCUCGAUUAGCUGCCCGCAUGAUAAUACAUUGUGCAUCAAGUAAUACUAAGAACGAUCGUAUUUCAUGGUCUUUCGAAAUGUAUGUCAAUUCUCCAGAGACUUGCACAGAUCAAGUGUUAGCAUGUAUGAAAGAGAUAGCGCAAUGUUCCAAAACGUUGGCAGCGAUCGACCAAAUAUUAAUUAUACGUCAGUGGUUGAAAAUGGCAAUUUUACAUGAUGCUAAAAGUCUGUUAGAUCUUACCCGCAUUGUACAUGGACUGGAUGAGUUGAAGACAUUGUGUAAAAUUCCGGAAUACGAUAGGUUCGUUAACAAUGACAUCCCGGUGAAACUGUUUUUCCGGCUUGUUGGUACACGUUACCGUGAAUCGGAUGCUUGCAUGCGGAUGGAAAUGAAAAAGAAACUGUACACUGUAUUUGAAGACUUCGACAAGUGGUUUCCCGACUCUGCAGCUAUUAGGCAGCGCGUUUUUGCCGUGCUUAUACUAGCAUUGAAAGAGUGCCCCCUUGCGUUCUAUUUUCGGGGCAACUCUAAAUGUUUGUACUCGAUAGCAUUCCAGCAUUUUUUCCUACCAUUUUGUGUUCUUGUCGACCGCAAUGUACAGCUCGAUUUUAUAGAAGCCAUUGCUCAAAUUUGGCAUCACGUUAUGGACUUCCUUGGGGAUAUGGAUUAUAGGCAUGAUGAAAUCAUUGCAGAUAACGUGUAUAAUAUGAUGAACAAAUGGGUACCGCAGUUUGCCAAAUUAACCAAUGUUAAACAGUCUCUAAGACCUGUGAUGCUAUUCUUUUGUGCCCGUAAUGAAGAUUUAGUGCUUUUCGCGAUGACCCGAUUUGUACAGACGUUUGUGGAUCUUAAACGAUGUCUUCCAAAUGAAUAUGCGGUAGAAGUGAUGGAAAUUUUAAAAAAUCUCAUAAAAGCUCUUGUAAAACAAAAGAACUACGGCAAAAUAUCACUAUUCAUUCGCACAAUGGGACUUUCCGUAACGCAGCAUGCUUUUAUGUGCAACGAAAAGUAUCAUACGCGAUUAAUUGCUUCAGAAAUUUUGUUUGAUUUGUUGACCAGUACAAAUGAACCGUCCAAUUUGAUAAAAGAAGAAAUGAGAAACGUUUUGAUUGCUUUUACUCUUAAAUACUUCCCCAUUUCUGAGGAAUGUUACAUGAAAUUCAUGAGCCGAUUUGUAUUUCGUUAUCCAUACUUUUUUCGUUCUUUGAUUGAUUUUAUACGCCGCGACGAAGCUGAAACUGAAAUAACAUGUGCUCAAAAUAAAACGGACGGAGUUCUAAGCCUAGCUUCAUACAUGUUACAGCGAGAACUAGAUACAAAACUGAAAUCGAAAAAUGAAAAGUGA